GGGAAGAAGCCGGCGAGAAAAACCUCUCUUUCCGCCACCCUGCGCGUUUCUGCAGCCUUGCUCCGAGGCCGAGGAGCCCCUGUUGGAACAGAUGGUGAUGGGCCAGGGCCCCCUGUUGUUGGUCUUCAUGCUGGGUCUGGGUCUGACCCCGCCAACCCUGGCUCAGGAUGACUCCAGGUACAAGCACUUCCUGACCCAGCAUUAUGACGCCAAACCAAAGGGCCGGAAUGACAGAUACUGUGAAAGCAUGAUGGAGAGACGAGGCCUGACCACACCCUGCAAAGACACCAACACCUUUAUUCAUGGCAACAAGGGCAGCAUCAAGGCCAUCUGUGGAAAUAAGAAUGGAAACCCUUACGGAGAAGCUUUAAGACUAAGCAAGUCUCCUUUCCAGAUCACCACCUGCAGGCACGUAGGAGGGUCUCCCCGGCCUCCCUGCCGGUACAGAGCUACACCAGGCUUCAGACACAUUGCUGUUGCCUGUGAAAAUGGCCUGCCUGUCCACUUUGAUGAGUCCUUUUUCCGUCCAUAACCAGCAGGCCACAGCUGGCUCUGCUCCCCUUUCCUUGCAUUUCCCUCCACACCCCAGAACAGUGGUGGCAACAUUCAUUGCCAGGGGCCCGGAGAAUGACCUGCCUGGAUCUCUUGCUUUCCUUUUUACAACAUGCUUAAGAAAUAAAAAUGACUCUGAAAUCAGUAAGAAUCAAAGUCAUCUCACUAUUGGCCUAUAAAUCUAUUAAAACCCCAUUUUCUCUACUCAGCUGCUCCCUGAGAGGAAUGGAUACAAUAGAAAUGCCCUUUUCCUUAUCAGUCAGUUCCUCAUUAGUCAGUAGGGAGGUGGACUUUAGCUUUUUGUAAAAAGAAGGUGGUUAAAUUCAUCUUACAGAAAGAACUAGGAAAAUUCCAGGGCUUAUGGUAACUAAGCAGAAUUUUCAGAAGGGGCAAAUAAUAAGCCCAAUAUUACUUUUACAAAUGUUAAACCUUGAGAAAAGUUGAGGACUAAAUACCAACAGAUUAAUCACACUUUCUCUCUUUCCCACACUCAUACAUGUAAUCUUGCAUCAAUACCAAAAUCCAUGCAGAGUAGACACCUCUUAUCUUAAGCAGGAGCUAAUUUUUUUAUGUUGCCUUGAAUGGAAUACUCCCCGGAUAUUCUCAUGGCUAUUUUAUAUAAAGAUCAAAAAGUGAUUACUUUAUCAUUCAUUCAUUCAUUCAUUCAUUAUUACAGUCUUUUCUCCCUAAUCUCUUACUUUAUCAAUUAAUGUCUGGCAACUGUGAGAUCUUUGGGAAGGCAUAGAAAGAUUCCAAGCUUAUUUUUUAUUCUUCUUCAACUAGAUUUGGUUUUCAAGUAAACAGAAACUUAAGUUAACGACA